UGGAUCACCGCUAUCUUCUCCCUGGGCAGCAUCGUCGGCUCGCUCCCCUCGGGCUUCCUGACCGACUUCAUGGGUCGAAAACGCUGCAUCAUAUUCCUGUCCUUCGUCUUCACCGUCGGCGCCGUCAUCCAGCUUGUCCCCAGCGGCUACCAGAUGCUCCUGGCGGGCCGUUUCAUCUCUGGCGUCGGUGUGGGCGGACUGUCCAUGGCAGCUACUCUUUACCAGUCAGAGACCGCGCCCCCCAAGGUGAGCCGACCUCUCAUUCGACGUUCCUUUUACCUUCAAUCCCUCCCUCCCUCCCUAACUUCCUACCUGCUCCACCCCUUCCCACCUUCUCUUCUUCCGAAGUGUUCCCUCCCUCCCACGAUCCCUUCCUCCCUUCCUCCGCCGCCAGGUUCGAGGCCUGGUGGUCUCGAUCCAGCAGCUCUCCUUCACAGCCGGCAUCCUACUGGCCGGGGGCCUGAACGUGGGCUUGCAGCACUGAGACGAGGGCUGGCGCAUCUCCUACGGUGGCAAGGGCUUCUUCUCCCUCCUUCUCAUGCUCCUGAUGAGUCGCCCCGCUGGCUGGUUGCGCAAGGUAAAAGUGAGACGGCCAAGGCUUCCUUAGGUGGGAUCCGACAAGAAGAUGAGACGGAGGGUGAGCUCGCUGGCAUGCAGGCGGCUGUGAAGGUAGGGGAGGUCCUGGAUGGGACCGGGUUCGAGGGCCAUGAGGGGUUGGGGGAGGGUGGCCAAUUGAUGAGGAUGAGAAGGAGAAGGGAUAAGGGCAUAUCCUUACCGUAA